UUGAUGAUCAGUGUAGCCCCAGCAGUGCCACCUGUCAGUGUCCAUCAUUGCCAGCUGUCAGUGCUCAUCAAUGCCACCUGCCAGUGCCCAUCAAUGCCACAUAUCAGUGCCUACCAGUGCACAUCAAUGCCACAUAUCAGUGCCCAUCUGAGUUACCUUUCAGUGUCACCUAUCAGUGCCAGUCAGUGCCACCUAUCAAUGCCAUCAGUGCCGCCUAUCAGUGCCAGUCAGUGCCGCCUAUCAGUGCCAGUCAGUGCCGCCUACCAGUGCCAGUCAGUGCCCGUCAGUGCUGCCUAUCAGUGCCGCCUAACAGUGCCAGUCAGUGCCACCCAACAGUGCCAGUCAGUACAGCCUAUCAGUGCCAGUCAGUGCUGCCCAUCAGUGCCAUAUAUGAGUGCUGCCUUUCAGUGAUGCCUGUCAAUGCCCAUCAGUGCCAUCUACCAGUGCCUCCUCAUCAGUG